AUGGAUACUGAUCAUUACCUCCUCGGCUCACACUACUUCUUUGUUGAGUCGUCCGGUCGAUUCGUCGAAGUUGAUGGCAUUCGGGUGGGAUCGCUGCAACUGAACACCCUUAGCGCAGUCGGUUUGCUGAAGCUAAAACUGAGCAGCUGGGCGAGCACGACUCGCCGUAAAGGACCAAAGAGGAACGGUGAUAUGACUGAGUUGGAGGAUGAUGAAGCCGAAGGCCUACGGGAGUGGGUAAAGGAAUUUCAAGACUUGAAGCAGUGGCAGGAGUUGGAUUCAUCCUACAAGAGCUAA